AUGCUUCCCUCCUCAAAGCCUUCCAUGCUCUCGAAUAAUGAGAGAAAUUUCAUUCUCUCAACACUCAUGAUUGAGAAGGAGAAUAAAUUAGAUGGUAGUAGUGGUGCUCUAGGUGGAGAUUCGUAUCGGAAGACUCUUGGAACAAAAUCCUCUCAACUCAAUACCACAAUUUUACGAGUGGAUGGACGUGAUUUAUACGAUUAUAGAAGUAUUGAAUUUAUAUUACCAAACGCUACGGAUAAUAAUAAUACUAGUGAUUCUUCUGUUCAAUCGGGACAAGUGCAAGUCUCUAUCGGAAAUACAAUUGCAUUGGGAGUCGUUUCAUGCUCAGUAGUGGAGCCCUAUCUUGAUAGGCCCAAUGAAGGAUUUUUAACUUUUCAUGCGGAUUUUAGUACUGUGGGUGCUCGACCUGUGGGUACAAAACAAACUUCACAACAACGAGAAUUAUGCAUUGAAAUUGGACGAGUCAUUGAUCGUUCACUUCGUGGUUCUCGAGCCAUUGAUACCGAAGCAUUAUGUAUUAUUGCAGGAAGAAAAGUUUGGAGUUUACGAGUGGAUAUUCACAUUUUGCAGGAUGACGGAAAUGUUUUUGACUGUUGUCACUUGGCAGCCAUUGCAUCUUUAUUGCAUUUCAGAAGACCAGAGGUAACCAUUGAAGGAGAUCGAGUCAUUGUUCACACCGUGCAAGAUCGACAACCAGUCCCAUUAAGCGUUCAUCACAUUCCUAUUUGCACUUCGUUUGCAUUCUUUUAUCAUGAACAUUGUACGCUAUUUGUUGUGGAUCCAGGCAAAAAGGAGGAAAUGAUUGCAGAAGGUUUCAUGACAAUUGCCUUAAAUGCUCAUAAAGAAUUGUGUGCCAUUCAGAAAGGAGGUGGAUUGGCAUUGACGAAAGAUCAAAUUUUGGAGUGUGCUCAAAUAGCAUCUGUCAAAUCAAAAGAAAUUACUGAGAUACUGAAACGCUUUUUACAGAAUGAAGAAAGUAAGCGAAUUCAACAAGGAAAAUCAUACUAUGUGAAAUAUGAAGAAGAACCAAUGAACAAAAGCCAAGAGGACGAGGAUGAAAACGACGAAGCAAUUAGCGCAAUUUCUGAUAUUUCUGAACCUUUUUCAGAUAUGGAAGACGAAGAAUAA